AUGCGCCCCGACGCUAUCUCCGUCCUCGCGGCCUUGAUCGCCAUUGGUGCUCUCGACAUUGCCGCUGCCCAGGAUGCCGACACUUACGUCGACCGACCUCGCUACUACUUCCCCAAGGAAGUCAAGCGAACCAUUCGCAACAGUGCCCGGAGCGCUGAUAACAGCCCCGGUUCGUUUUUGGACGGUUUCUUCGACAACUUGAUUCCCACCCAGAGCUCUUCCAUUGCGCCAGAGGCUACUCCCACGCCCGAGACCACCUCAGCUGCUGCCCAGGAACCCCAGGGACACGAAGUCGUGGUUGUGACCAUCUCCGUCGACCCUAAGAACCCGGAAAUCACCCACCGCAUCACCGGAACUACAACCGUUGGCGGAGAGCCAACUGCCACUCUCACCACGACAACCAAGCAGACCGAAGCUGCUGUCGCUGAGGACACUAACAGCAGUGCUGCGGCCGCUUCUUCCAACACAGAUAACACUAGCCAACCGGCAGCGGCCGUCGCUUCAUCCAAGGCCUCGAGCGCACCCGCUUCAACCUCGAGCGACAGCAACCUGCUUGGUGACCUUGGUUCGGGUCUGGGUAAUUUGCUUGGCGGAGACUCGACAACUUCGACCCCGGCUGCCGCCGCUUCGACAGCAACUCCUACCGUGGAUUCAGCGGCCCAGGUCUCAUCUACUGCCCCCCAGGUCUCAUCUGCAGCUGCCCAGGUUUCGUCUACGCCUGCAUCCACCACCAGCUCUAACGGCAACAUUGUCGCUGACAUCGGCUCUGGUCUUGGUGGUCUUCUCGGCGUGGACUCCACAACUUCAACAUCUAGCUCGGCGUCUUCUGUUCCCGCUUCUGCUUCUGCCUCUGCCGUUGCUGACUCGACCUCAACUGCUACAUCUGCACCUGCCACCUCCAGCGGCAACAUCCUCAGUGAUCUCGGUUCCGAUGUGGGUGAUCUCCUUGGUGUGAACUCCAAGACCACCUCUACUGCCUCAACUGUUGCCUCUUCCGACCCAUCAGCCAAGGCCUCCACCACCCCAGCUUCUACUUCCGUUACCUCUAGCGGCAGCGAUAACAUCUUUGGUGACAUCGGUUCUGGCCUUGGUGGUCUCCUCGGCGGUCAGUCGACAACCUCCACUGCUAGCACAGCAUCUUCUGCUUCUGCUACUGCUUCUGCUACUGCUUCCGGUACCGCUGCCGCUGCCGCUGCCACGACCACGCCUGCUUCAUCCGCUACUCCCUCCUCCAGCGGCAACAUCCUCAGCGAUCUCGGUUCGGAUGUGGGUGAUCUCCUCGGUGUGAACUCCAAGACUACCUCUACUGCUUCAACUGUUGCCUCUCCCGACCAAUCAGGCAAGGCAUCGGCCACCCCAGCUUCUACUCCCGUAACCUCCAGCAGCAGUGAUAACAUCUUUGGCGACAUUGGCUCAGGCCUCGGAGGCCUCCUGGGUGGCUCGACCACCAGCUCUUCUGCGACCCCCACUGGUUCUAGCGUCCAGAGCCCCGAAUCAAGCAAGGCCAGCACAACCAGCUCUGGAUCCGAUCUCCUUGACCUCUUGGGUCUCGGUGGUGAUAACAGCACCAGUGCUACCGCUUCUGGUACUACCAUCCCAGUGAGCGUUCCCGCUUCUGCCACUGGCUCUGCGAAGCCCACCCCCACCUCGGGCGAUCUCCUUGGUGGAAUUGGAUCUGGCCUGGAGUCCCUCCUCGGUAUCGACACUACCAGCACUGGUCUCAUCCCAACUGCCCCCAAGUCGACUGGUCUCAUCCCUACUCUUCCCUCUAUCGGACUGGGUGGCCUUGGAGGAAGCAGCACUGCUUUGAUCCCCACCGCUACCAACCCCAUUGGAACGAUUCCCUCGCCCCACUCGCCCGGCUCUGAGCCCACCGCUACCUCGAGCACUGGCACUGGAUCUGGCGCUGGAUCUGGUUCUGCUUCAGUCCCCGUUCUGGGCACAACUGUCCCCACUCCUGGCACUGGAUCUCACGAGACCCCCAAGGUUCCAACUCCCACCUCUCACAUCGCUUCUAUCCCUGUUCCCACUUCGACCAGCACCGAAGCCAGCACUACCAAGACUCAGACCCCCGUGGAGCCCCAGACUACCCAGGUCGAGACCCCUACCCCCUCCACCACCAACGACAAUGACUGGAUCCCCUCGACUAUCUUGAUCGUGCCCACCGUUGCCACUACUGAGAGCACCACCUCCGGUCAAACCGCCAAGCCCACGGCAACCUCGCUCCCGGGAUCUAUCACUCCCUCGAACGACGUCACCGAGGCCCCGUCUGACUCCAUCCUGCUUCAGCUUGGUUUCAACAGCCAGCUGCCGUGGUCCUUUGUUGCAACCACCCCCUUGUCCUCGUCGCAGAUCUUCAACUACACUCCUCAGGCUAUUGAGAACGCUCUGCCAACUCUCUCGGCCAAGGAUGCUCCUGUCAUGUUCGCCAUUGAGCCUUACUACAACUGGCAGGCUACUGGCUACAACGCGACUCUUGCAAUCUUCUACUUCCCUCGUGACAAGGUUGAUGCCCUGAGAGCUCUCAAGUCCAACCCCAACUCUGCUCUUUACAACCAGGCCAGUGAAUCCAUUCAGUCGCUGAUGAACAUGGUUGACUCGACAAUUCCUCUUGAAUUCUCUGGCAACUACCCUAGCAGCAACGGUGAUUCCAACGGCGGCAGCAACACUGGUGGAGAUGAUGACAACACCGACGGUGGCAACAACACCAACGGCGAUGGCUCUGCCAGCAGCUCCAAGACCAAGGCCAGCUCUGUUGGCAUUGGAGUCGGUGUCGUUGCCGGUGCCGCCGCUUACGGUGCCGGUAUGUUCUGGGUUGCCCGCCGCUACCGCAAGAGAAAGCAGCUGCACCAGCGCUCCAGCUCCACCGUUGAGCAAAUGAGCCAGGGCGGUUCCGCUGCUGGCUCUAUGAUGGCCGCUGGUGGUCGCGCUCCCAGCCACGGCAGCCGUGGCACCGCUCGCUCCCAGAUGAUCAGUGCCCCCGUCAUGGCGGAAAACUCCCUGGGAUGGAACUAA